AUGAGCACCGUCAAGGGUCUUCCUCCUCCGGGGGUUCCUGACGAGGACCAGGGGUGGAAGAUGGUCACUGUCACAUCCGCCCUCGAGCUCAUCGCCUUGAUCCUCGUAGGCGGAAGAAUCUACACUCGUCUAAGAUCGGCUUUUCGGUUAUGGUGGGACGAUUACGCUAUUAUUUUGUCUAUGCAGCCUUUAUGGGCCUGGGCAAUAUCGAUGUCCAAGGUAUCCAUCGCCCUAUUACUGCUGCGGAUCGACCGAGACUCGCGGCUAUGGCGCAUAUUCCUCUACCUCAUGAUCGCCGCACUCCUCCUCAUUCCCGUUACGAUGAUGUGCUUUCAGCUCUCCGCCUGCCGACCGCUAGCAGCCAUUUGGGAUAAAGCAAUCACUAAUGCAACCUGCCUCCCAACGGAGGUUUUGCAGGUUAGCAUUUACAUAUUAUCAUGUCUCACUAUUGUGACAGACUUCAUCUUAGCUUUAAUGCCUCUCAAAUUCAUCUUGAAGCUGGUGAGUUUGCGGCCGAGAGAAAAAGCCGCGCUUGGAGUCGUCAUGGGGUUAGGAUUGUUUGCCAGCAUAGGGAGCGUUAUCAGGACAGUGCAAGCCAAGUCAUACGGUGCGAACGGAGACACGUUCUGGAAUGGCAUGGGAAUUGCACUGUGGGGCGAAGUGGAGCUGUACCUAAGGUAA